CCCCUCAUGCAAAGUACAGAAGAAGAAGUGCAUCAAGAUACGGUGGUCCGGCUUGUGUGCUAGCUCUCGUGCGAGCGUAGCUUAGCUUAGCUUAGAGGUCCGGGGGCAUCAGAUCGAGCGAUGGGGGGCACCACGACGAUGGCAACGUCGCCGUUCCCGACGGUGGACAAGUGCUCGUCCGUGGACCGGAGCGGCGACACGGUGGUAGCCGACCUGGACGGCACGCUGCUGUGCGGGCGGAGCUCGUUCCCGUACUUCGCGCACAUGGCGUUCGAGACGGGCGGCGUGCUCCGGCUCCUGCUCCUCCUCCUGCUCUCCCCAGUGGCCGGGCUCCUCUACUACCUGGUGUCGGAAUCCGCGGGCAUCCAGGUGCUCAUCUUCGCGUCCACGGCGGGCGCCAAGGUGGCGGACGUGGAGGCCGUGGCGCGCGCCGUGCUGCCCAAGUUCUACUGCUCCGACCUGCACCCGGAGUCGUGGCGCGUGUUCUCGGCGUGCGGGCGCCGGUGCGUGCUCACGGCCAACCCGAGGAUCAUGGUGGAGGCGUUCCUCAAGGACUACAUCGGCGCCGACGUCGUCCUCGGCACGGAGCUCGUGGUGUGGCGCGGGAGGGCCACGGGGCUCGUGCGUUCCCCCGGCGUGCUGGUGGGCGAGAACAAGGCGGACGCGCUCCGGAACGCGUUCGGCGAGACAAAGCCGGAUGUCGGGCUGGGCGACCGGAAGACGGACUACCCGUUCAUGCGGCUGUGCAAGGAAGGGUACGUGGUGCCGCCGCCGACGCCAAAGCUGAAGCCCGUGCCGCGGGAGGACCUGCCCAAGCCCGUCAUCUUCCACGACGGCCGGAUCGUGCAGAAGCCGUCCCCCGCGCUCGCGCUGCUCACGUUGCUCUGGAUCCCCAUCGGCUUCGUGCUCGCCUGCCUCCGCAUCGCCGCCGGCGCGCUCCUGCCCAUGCGCGUGGUCUACCACGCCUUCAGCGCCCUCGGCGUCCGCGUCACCGUCAAGGGCAACCCGCCCCCUCCAGCCAGCCGCGAGACCGGCCAGACCGGCGUGCUCUUCAUCUGCUCCCACCGCACGCUCCUCGACCCCAUCUUCCUCUCCACCGCCCUCGGCCGCCCCAUCACCGCCGUCACCUACUCGGUGUCGCGGCUGUCGGAGAUCAUGUCGCCGAUCCGGACGGUGAGGCUGACGCGGGACCGGGCGGCGGACGCGGCGAUGAUCAAGCGGCUGCUACAGGAAGGGGACCUGGUGAUCUGCCCGGAAGGGACGACGUGCAGGGAGCCGUUCCUGCUGCGGUUCUCGGCGCUGUUCGCGGAGCUGACGGACGAGAUCGUGCCGGUGGCGAUGGAGAACCAGAUGAGCAUGUUCCACGGCACCACGGCCCGGGGGUGGAAGGGGCUGGACCCGUUCUACUUCUUCAUGAACCCGAGCCCCGGGUACGUGGUCACGUUCCUCAACAAGCUGCCGCACGAGCUCACCUGCAAGGGCGGCAAGACCAGCCACGAGGUGGCCAACUACAUCCAGAGGCUCAUCGCCUCCACGCUCUCCUACGAGUGCACCAGCUUCACCAGGAAGGACAAGUACAAGGCGCUCGCCGGCAACGACGGCUCCGUCGUCUCCAAGCCCAACAUCGACAAGAAGAAAUUCAUGGGCUCAUAAUAAAACGUGAUUAUCGAGACCGAAUGAAGGCUUGAAACAGGGCAGUCGAUGGCAUGGGAGUCCGUUCCCCCCUGCCUUCGUUGUUGAUCUGACGCGUUCUUCUGUUGUGUAUUUCUCUGGGUGUGUAUUUUGUGAGUUGAUCAUAUAACCAUGUGUCAGGAUUUAAAAGUACCGCAACAGGUCUUUUUUUUCACUUAGGAUAAGAAUGUGCACCGCCGCACACUUACACGUGCGCAAGCAGGCCUCCUUUUUUUUGGCAAGGGUUUUUUUUACAAGAUUUUUUUUAGAAUUACUUUAUUCAAACACAAGAACCAUUACAGGUACAAUGCUUUGGAUUAUAAACUACAGUAUAGAAAAAACUACGAGGUGAUUUUAUAAUUAAGAAUUACAAUGAAAUCUCUUAAAAACAUCUUCUCCGUGAUAUCAUAUUUUGCAACAUGAAAUUCUACUGAGGCUUCAACAUAGAAACCACAAUCGGAUUGUAGCAGCAACAUCGUUACUGGUAUCCUUGCACGAACUUGACUAUCUUUAAAAGUUUUGAAAAACCCCUUGAGUCGGUCAUCCAAAAAGAUGAAAAGUCAUGAGCGUUGAACAUAAUUGGGCCGGAGAUGAUCCCCUAAACGUGCAGGUCGUCGAACCGCAAGCUCUUCAUCAGAACGCCAGAGAAGUGUUCCAAAAU